CUAGCACUUCGUGGCCGCGUGGCUUGGCAUGUCAGGCUUCGCGUUGGCAGUGCUCAACGAGGUAUUUGAACACGCAUUGCUGCGAAAUUGCAUUGCUCGCAUCAGCUCUGCUGGACAGCAUGGCAUCACUCGUGGUCGACGCAGCGUACGUGCACCACGGAACCGCCGCCGCCUCAGCGGACAAUAUCAACGGCUGGAGCGAGGCUGCCUUAAAACGAAUAAAGCCGAAAGCGUUCAAGCGGCGCCUCGAAUCCGCGCUAGGGCUGUCGAUAGAGCGCGCCUGCUGGUGCGCGGCGCGCGACGGCCGCGUCGACGCCGUGGCGACGAAGCUCGACAAGCGGCUGAGGAAAGCGGGCUUCGUAACAUCAUACCGUCGCAUAAAGAUGGACGAGGUCGUGUGUCGCAAUCGGGACUGCGUCGCGGCCGGUACCUGCCCCCACUUACAUCGGAGCAACCCGGUGCGCUGCCGCCGCCAGGCCGGCGUCGACGUCGACGUCGCGUGCCGCGCGCUCCAGUUUAUUACCGAGCAGCUGAUGAGUGAAACAACAAGCUGGCAGUCGUCGACGUGGACGCACGCCCAGCAGUCCGCGCAACCCUGGCUCGUGCUCGUCGCCGGCGACGGGGACUUCCUGUCGCUGGUAGAGACCGCGAAGCGCCUGGGCGCGAAGGUCGCCGUCGCGGCGUGGCGGCGGUCGGUGCACGACGAUCUUGUGGAGACGGCCGACGCGUUCCUGGCGCUGGACGACGACGACGUCGUCUGGAACGAGGGCGACGACGAGGAGGACGACGACGACGCGAGCAGCGCCACUCCUCAGAUCGCGUCGCCGUCGCCGCUCCUCGUGCCGGCGCAGCUGUCAAUCAGUGGUUCGCCUUUUGGCGCGGCGGCGCCGAUGCCGCCCGCGCCCGACGACGAGCUGUCGCGCGCGCUCGCCGAGUCGGCGCUGCUGGCGCGGCUCGACGCGGCGACGGCGAACGACGGCGGAGACGACGAGCUUGCGCGAGCCCUCGCGGAGUCGGCCAGACAGCACGCCCUCGAGGAGCGCCAGCGCACAACCUGGAGGCACCCCGAGCUCGAAUCGAGCGAUGAAGAGCAGGAUUCCUCCGAGCUGGAGACGUCUGGCGAGCUGGAGACAUCCCGCGAACUGGAGACGUCUGGCGAGGCGUCGCUGCGGCAUCCGGAGUUGGAGGAGCCGUCACUCGCGCGGACGCCCCGGAGCUGGGAAGACUGGGCGCGUCCGCGGCACCCCGAGCUCGAUUCCGACAGCGAGGACGGCCUCGACACCCGGCCGGGAAUAGUUGUAUUGUAAGUGAA